GACGCAUAGAAGGAGUGCCCUAGCAGCAGCCAUUUUGCCUGAACCGGCGACACGAUUUCGCGGUGCGGUUAGCUAUUUAUCUAAAUUUUAUAUCUAAAUUAAUGGUAUCGCUACAUAACUUCUCAAUAAAUCGUGUUCUUUUGAUUUGCGCGUAAAUUUAAGUAAAUAGUAACGUAAAAGGGCAUCAGUGAAUAAAUCCUCUCCUAUCGUCCACGAUGUCCGUCGACAAGGAGGAACUGGUGCAACGCGCCAAGCUGGCAGAGCAGGCUGAACGAUAUGACGACAUGGCGGCUGCGAUGAAAGAAGUAACGGAAACCGGCGUCGAACUCAGCAAUGAGGAAAGGAACCUCCUUUCCGUUGCUUAUAAAAAUGUGGUAGGCGCCCGACGGUCGUCAUGGCGAGUCAUCUCCUCCAUUGAACAAAAAACCGAAGGUUCGGAAAGAAAACAACAGAUGGCAAAAGAAUAUAGGGUUAAAGUAGAAAAGGAGCUCAGAGAAAUCUGCUACGAUGUACUGGGCUUACUUGACAAGCACCUUAUCCCUAAAGCUAGUAAUCCAGAAAGUAAAGUAUUUUACCUCAAAAUGAAAGGAGAUUACUACAGGUACCUUGCGGAAGUGGCCACAGGAGAAACCAGACAUUCUGUUGUAGAGGAUUCACAGAAAGCAUACCAAGAUGCUUUCGAGAUCAGCAAGGCGAAAAUGCAGCCCACACACCCAAUAAGGCUGGGCCUGGCGUUAAAUUUCUCCGUCUUCUAUUAUGAGAUAUUAAAUUCACCAGACAAGGCGUGUCAGCUCGCCAAACAGGCGUUCGACGACGCGAUCGCUGAACUAGACACACUGAACGAGGACUCGUACAAAGACUCGACGCUGAUCAUGCAGCUGCUGCGAGACAACCUGACGCUGUGGACGUCGGACACGCAGGGCGACGGCGACGAGCCCGCCGAGGGUGGUGACAACUAAUCUAACGCCGCACUCACCCCAGCACACGCAUUUGUUCUUAUUGGUGUUUUAUAAGAAAACGAGUAACAUUCGAGAACGCCGCGAGGCGCGGGUCUUCCGCCGCUGAUGCGAGCCUUCGCUUGUAAAAAAUGUUAAAAAUGUCGUUCGCAGCGGACCUUCACGUUCCGUCUAAAAUUAAAUGUUAUGUGUCAUCUUUGACGGUUUUGUAUUUCUGUAUUUACACUGGAUUACAGAUAUCGAGCUGACCUGAUGAAUAUAAAUAUUUAUAACUUAAGUUAUUAAAAUUACGGUUUCUUAAGUUAAAAGUGUUUUCCUUUCAUUAAUAGAGUAAAACAGCCUGGUCGGCCCCAAAGUAACAUUCCUUUCGCCGCAUGUCCGCAGUGAAAUGGAGAUCAUGAUGGUGAAUAUUGUUUUGAGAAUUAUGCUAUUAAUUAAACAUUUGUUAAAAUCGCCAAAUAAUCCGAUCAACUUAAAAAAUCAUAAUAUAAUCCACAAACUGUACAUAAUGGCUGUAUCAAAUCAGGGCACAAAAAACUUGUUAGUGUCUCAUCGUUUUUGUGAUGUCCUCAAAAUUUUAAUAUUACCAAAGUUAUUGUCGACAUUAACCAAUUUGUUGUGCCCAUCACUGAUUAUACUAUCAUUCUGAAUUUUCAAGCAUUUAUUAGCGAAAUAGUUUUUGUGAUGGCCAAUAUUGUAACAUUUCUGCUGCAUUUUAUCAGCCAUUAAUCUAUUAUAUUUUUCAUGUUUUCACCAAUAAACUUUUGUAUUAAAUACAA